AUGGCAUCCGCCGCUGAAAGCCACGUCGACGUACUCAUCAUCGGAGCCGGGCCGGCCGGUCUGAUGAUGGCCACGUGGAUGGCCAAGUGCGGCAUCCGAACCCGCAUCGUCGACAAGCGCGGCACCGCCGUCUACACCGGCCAGGCCGACGGCCUCGCCAGCCGCACGCUCGAGAUCCUAGACUCGCUCGGCUUCGGCCACCGCGCCUGGCGCGAGUCCAACCACAUGCUCGAGUUUUGCAUGUGGAACCCGGACAGCUCCGGCACGCUCCGCCGCAGCGACCGGCUCCCUGACACCACCCCCGGCCUGAGCCGCUUCCAGCAGGCGGUGCUGCACCAGGGUCGCAUCGAGCGUUUCUUCCUGGACGAGAUUGAGGCGCGGGGUGACAUCCAAGUCGAGCGCGGCGUCAUGCCCACGAGCCUCGCCAUCGACGAGGCCGCCGUUGAGGACCCGGCGGCGUACCCGGUCGCGGUGACGCUGCGACGCCUGACCGAGGAGGAGGCGACCCCGAAGCAGCAAGCAGAAAACAGGGGGCAGCCGGUGCGGGACGGCCUGUUCCGGAGCAACCUGACCAAGGACGACACGGAGGACCUGCUGGCGGCGAGCAGGCUCGCCGGUGGCGCGGAGGAGACGGUGCACGCGCGGUAUGUGCUCGGCGCUGACGGCGCGCACUCGUGGACGCGCAAGCAGCUCGGCCUCUCCCUGGAGGGCGAGUCGACCGACUACGUCUGGGGCGUGCUCGACGUGGUGCCCGUGACCGACUUCCCGGACAUCCGCAUGCGCUGCGCGAUCCACUCGGCCGGCGCGGGCAGCAUCAUGAUCAUCCCGCGCGAGAACAAGCUGGUGCGCGUGUACGUGCAGCUCAGUGCGGCGGCUAGGCCCGGUCAGCGCGCGGACCGCUCCGGCAUCACGCCCGAGACCAUCCUCGCCGAGGCGCAGCGCAUCAUGGCGCCGUACACCAUCACGUACCGCAAGCUGGAUUGGUGGACGGCGUAUCAGAUCGGUCAGCGCGUCGGCGCGAAAUUCUCGGUGCACGAGCGCGUCUUCCUCGCCGGUGACGCGGUCCAUACGCAUAGUCCGAAAGCCGGCCAGGGCAUGAACGUGAGCAUGCAGGAUACGUUCAAUCUCGGGUGGAAGGUCGCCAGCGUCCUCAAGGGCCAGGCGAGCCGCUCCCUCCUCAAGGCGUACGAGUCGGAGCGGCGCAAGGUCGCGCAGGACCUCAUCGCCUUUGACCACAAGUUCUCCCGCCUCUUCUCCGGCCGUCCGGCCAAGGACGACACCGACACCGAGGGCGUCCGCAUGGCCGACUUCAAGGACACCUUCACCCAGGGCAACCUGUUCGCCAGCGGCACCGCCGUCGACUACGGACCCAGCGCCAUCGUCGCCAAGGCCGGCGACCUGACCUCGGAUCAGCGGCUGGCGCCCGGCAUCCCCGUCGGCGUGCGCAUCCCUAGCGUCAAGGUUCUCAGCCAGGCCGACGCGCGCCCGUGGCACCUGCAAGAGCUCCUCCCCAGCGACGGCCGCUGGCGCGUCGUCGUCUUCCCCGGCGACGUGCGCGACGCCUCCCGCGCGGAGCGUCUCCGCGCCGUCGCCGACGACUUCGAAGACGGCGACUCGUUCUUGACCCGGUUCACGCCGGCGGACGGGCCGGUGGAUGCCGUGUUCGAGGUGCUGGUGGUGCACUCGGCGCCGCGCACGGCGGUGACCAUCUUCGACUUCCCGCCCAUCUUCCGACGCUUCUCGGAGACGGAGGGGUACGAUUACGGCAAGAUUUACGUCGACGACGUGUCGUACCACGAGGGGCACGGGAACUUGUACAGGGAGUUUGGCAUCGCCGAGGAGGGCUGCCUCGUGGUCGUGCGGCCGGAUCAGCACGUCUCGUACGUUGGGUCGCUGCGAGAGCCUGAGGCUGUGGCCAAAUUCUUUGCCGGGUUUAUGAUUCCGCAGAACAAGUAG